AUCAAUGUCACUGAAGCGCCAAACAUUAUUCAAGCGUUUGUAAGUAGUAAACAUGACUUCGAAACGAGAACAUGACGAUGUUGAAGAAGAUGACGAUGAUUGUAUCGGACCUAUGCCGGAUACAGCCGUUUCAAACAAAAAACAGAAAGUGCUUGAGUUUGAGAAGUUGUAUUUAGAGAAUUUACCUAAUUCAGACUCAUAUGAGAAGAGUUAUAUGCACAAAGAUGCUGUCAAGUUUGUUGCUGUUACAAAGACAGAUUUUAUUCUGACUGCAAGUACUGACGGACAUUUGAAGUUCUGGAGAAAAACUGAGGAAGCUGGCAUAGAAUUUGUGAAACAUUUUAGAUGUCAUUUAGGAUCACUUGAAGAUAUGAAAGUUAGUAACAAUGGUGAAUUGGCAUGUACAAUCUCCGAUGAUAAAUCAUCAAAAGUGUUUGAUGUUGUCAACUUCGACAUGAUAAACAUGUACAAGUUAGAUUUUGUCCCUGGUAGUUGUGGAUGGAUUUAUAAUUCUGGUGAUGCUAUCCCAGCCCUGGCAAUAUGUGAGAAGGAGACACCAAAGAUUCACAUAUAUGAUGGGAGAGGUUCUAAUACUUCAUUACAUAUACUAGAAAAACUUCACUAUAAACCUGUUACAUUGAUCAAGUAUAAUCCUGUAUGUGAUCUGGUAUUGUCAUGUGACAAGGCAGGUAUGUUAGAAGUAUGGACGGGACCUAAAGGAGACUAUAAGUUCCCUAAAAAUCUACACUGGGAGUACAAGACUGACACUGAUCUGUAUGAAUUUGUUAAAUGCAAGUGUAUGCCAACAGAUGUAUGUUUUUCCCCAGAUGGUAAAAAAUUUGCAAGUAUAUCCACAGAUAGAAAAGUUCGAAUAUUUAAAGUUUUGACUGGCAAGAUGGUGAAAAUGUUAGACGAAUCCUUGCAGAAUAUCAUAGACUUACAACAGAUGAAGCAACAGUUAUCUCAUAUGGAGUUUGGGAGAAGACUGGCUGUAGAAAAAGAAUUAGAAAAAGCUGACUCUUUCCAUUUGUGCAAUAUUUUAUUUGAUGAGACAGGAUAUUUUCUCUUGUAUGGAACCAUGCUAGGUGUAAAAGUGAUAAAUAUUCACACAAAUCGAUGUAUGAAGAUUUUGGGGAAGCCAGAAAAUCCAAGAUUCCUGCAGAUUGCAUUGUUCCAGGGUAGUGGUAAGAAAGCUAAAGCAGCCACAGAUGUUUCCACAGCUGCCUCCGAUAACCCACUACUUCAUAGCCAAUUUCUGGAUCCUAUCUUGUUCUGUACAGCUUACAAGAAAAAUAGAUUCUACUUGUUCUCACGCCGGGAACCAUUUGAUAAAAACAGUGCAGAUACAGAUAGAGAUGUUUUCAAUGAAAAACCUUCGAAGGAGGAGCUUAUUUCAGCCACACAGGAUGUGGCAUUCACAAGAGUUGCAGAUUCUUGUAUUAUUCAUACAACAAUGGGAGAUAUCACCUGUAAACUUUUCUCUAAAGAAUGUCCAAAGACAGUGGAGAAUUUCUGUGUUCACAGCAGGGAUGGUUAUUACAAUGGCCAUGUUAUACACAGAGUAAUCAAAGGUUUCAUGGUACAGACAGGUGAUCCUCUAGGAAAUGGUACAGGUGGUGAGUCAAUAUGGGGUGGCGAGUUUGAAGACGAGUUUCAUCCUAACCUGCGUCACGACAGACCUUACACAUUAAGCAUGGCUAAUGCUGGACCCAACACUAAUGGAUCUCAAUUCUUUAUAACUGUUGUACCAACUCCAUGGUUGGAUAACAAGCAUACAGUAUUUGGGAGAGUGACUCGAGGAAUGGAGGUGGUACAGAAUAUAUCAAACGUGAAAACAAAUCCUAAAACAGACAAACCCCAUGAUGAAAUUUGUAUUGUUAACAUUGCUGUCAAAUGAAAUUUUACAAAUCUAUAUACUGACUUUAUAUACUUAAUCAAUGUGUAAAUCUACCUGAAAAAAAUCGUAAAAGAGCAAGACUGUUUUAUAUCCCUGAAAGUUUUGGGACAUAGUAAUAAUAUGGUAUGACCAUAUCUACUUGUCCGUCUGUCUGACAGUUUGUUUCUGCACAGUAACCUUUGAAAGACUCAUUUGAUGCAAGACUUAAGUGUAUGAUAUUCUAAGUGCCAGCAAAAUAACAAUUUGUUGAUUGUUUAUGAUUGUUAUGCGCCUCAAGAUGGCAUAAUUUAUUGUUUAUGAAAAUUUUCACAAUCUAUUGAUCAAAGUAGUUUUAAACAAGAGGUCAGAUUAAUCUUUUGUUAUUGUAUCACAGCUUAGAGAUCUGUUCAUUGAAAAUGUUACUGUACAAUCUUCAAAAGAGAGAAAUUGCAUUCAUAAUUACAUGUAUAUUUAAGUAUAUAUUUUACGCGGGCAAUUAUGAUGUUAAAGUAUAAUCAUAUAUCAUUCUCUGUCAGACUGUUUAUAGGAUUUUGAAUGACUAUAGAUUCAAUACUAUUGCACGAGCGAGCAUAAUAUUGUUUUAUUCAAGGCAUUCAAUAAAUUUAGUAUUGAAUGUACAUGAAUUUAAUAUUCUUUUUAUCACAUAUUCAAUGAAAGAACGGUUUAAAUUUUAAAAGAGCCAUUUUUCAUUGACACACAUAAUAGUGUAACGGUAACAUUAGCGUGCCUCAAUGCUUUUAUAAAAUGCAAUUGAUGUUGCAUCAAAGUGUAAUUACACUAGUUUAAGAUCGUUUUUAUUAAAGGGCUUUUAACACUCCUGCGAUGUAGUUUAUGUGAUGAAUGAAGUUUGAAAUAUGGGUCACAUAUUUAUAUAGUAAUAUGACAGUGCAACAGAUGAGACUUACAUGUAUAUAUUUUUAAAGAGCAAAUUUGUAAUAAAAUCUGAAAGAAGA